AUGGUUGUGUACAAGUUAAUUCUACUUCGUCAUGGUGAAAGNCUGAAUGAACAUGGUCGUGGUGGAAUGGAUAAUAUUGCGGUGCAAAUGCAACAAGCCGCCAAUCGAGGAAUGGAUCUACGUGCACGUUUUGCUCCCGCUGACAGUGCAUUCGAGGCUAGAGCACAAGAAUUGUUUCUGCUGAAUCAACGAGAUUAUGCUUGGAAUUCAAGAAACAACGGCGGAAUGACAUUUUCUUGGUGGUAA